UAUUUAUUAACAGUACAGCAAGCUGAUCGAAUAGGCUAUUGCCUUAAAAUUUCAACAGCAUUUUAUAUCGUAGCUAUAAAAUUUUUGUCUCUUGCACAAAAUACUUACAAAUAAUACGGUAUUAUUGUUUGCAGCUAAAAAUGAAACUUUGCUGUGUUUUGUUUUCAUUAGCCGUUGUGAAGGUUUUGGCGGAAAAAAUAGUGGAUUAUAAGACGAAGGCUGUCAUUACAAACGAACUACUCAGGCAAGCUUGUGAUAUAACAGCGGGAUUUCCAACUAUAAUAAAAAGAAUUGUACUUGGAAAUCAAUAUUCAAUGGAGGAAUUGGCUUUUAUGUUUGCUGUGCCGGAUUAUGCAGACACUGAAGGCCUUAAUAUAUUUCAAUGCAUGAAAUACGAACGUGAUGUGCAAGAAGCAAUAUUCGAAGGCAUUAAUUCUCUCGAUGAUGAGUACAAGGAAGUGCCUAAGAUUGAUGCUGCUAAGAUCCCAGAUCCUCUAAUUAGGAACGCUAGUUUAAAGGAUAUUGGUUAUAGUAGAAGAUCAAUGACUAAAAUUCAUCUAAAACAUCUAUUGAGCCGUGUCGAAAGACGAAAGGAAGAAAGUUUUACUGCUAUUCAUGUUUGUUAUUUAAUUGGAUUAUAUAAAAAUUCAACGAUCCCACGAUUUGGAACAUUGCCAUUUAUAAAAACUGCCAAGGUUGACGAUGAUGGCACUUGCAUCCUAACUUCUUCAGAAGACGAUGUUACUUAUUACAAACACUAUAUGUUUGAUAUAUUUCAAUUUCGGCCGGAUAUCCAAAAAGAGGAAGUACUUUUGAAUCAAGAUUAGGUACUAAUAAUUUCUAUACACUCAUUAUUAAUAAUUAUUAGAUACACUGUAUCAAUAAUUUUUUCCAUAUCGCACUAUUACAAAUAAUUAUAUAACAGUUUUGGUCAAUACUUUAAACACAUUUGUUGGCUAUAUGAAUUUUUUGACCAUUUGUAAAUAAUUUCAACGUUUUUACUUUUUUUACUGUUUUGUAUAUUAUAAAAAACUAAAUCACU